GUCCCGAGCUAGCCGCUCGUCUUAAGUCGCCACGCAUGGGACUACCGUGAUCUUUAUCCCUAUGCUCCCCGAACCCACUCUACGUGACUACAGAGUAUACCGAGAAAAUCGCCAUGUCAAACGAAGCCGACAUGGACGGUAGCCUUGCCAGGGCGUCGACUUCCCUCAAGGUGUCAACAGCGACCGACACCACGAGGUCGUCCAGACAGACAAGCGUCAUAGGUGAGCUGCUCUUUCGCUCCAAGGCGAUGUUCGUCUUAGCGUUUUCUGUAGGCAUGCUCAGCGCCAUGCAAGCUGAGGCAUCCAACCCGACCCUACAAGCAAUCGCCCCAGUCGCUGCUCAAACCGUUCAGCUCGCCCAGUCGCAGAUUGACAGCCUAAGCUCGACUUGCAAAAUCCUUACAAAUGCUCUCGACGAUCUUACAAAGAUACACCCUUUCGUUUCUGCCGCCGUGCUGGCAUUCAAGACUGCGCUUCAGUUUGAGAUGACUCGACGACAAAACGACAAGCGGAUUAUGCUUAUACAGGUGAAGAUGAACGACAUGCUCUCGGUACUGCUUAUCCUGCGUCCAAUUGCCCAAGGAGAGCGUGCGAGUGACGGCAAGACCAUCGAAGAACGCCUUAGCGGACGAAUUACGAAGAUAGCUGAUGACAUUGAGAAGUACUCUGCGAUAUGCGACACGUUCUCCAAAAAGAAGACAGUCGUUAAGCUCUUCCGGAGUCUGGAAUGGGAAGGCAAACUAGAAGGUUUCAUCAAAAUCUUUGAGGAUCACAGACGGGCCCUGCGAGAUGAUCUUGCCAUCUUCUCCAGCGUCGGCAUCCAUCAAGUGAACGAAACCCUGGCCACGGUUUCCCUCCAUGUCGAGAGGACCGAUAACAAGGCGAGCACGCUGCUCCUUCUGCAAGCACUGCGCUCUCCCGUGGACCGCGAGCUCAUCCGUGAGAUCGAGCUGAAUGGCGGGGCCGACAAGGUGCUCAAGGACGAGAAUCUGAUGCGGAAAUUGAUCGAGAGGAGCGGGGACAAGGACGCACAAGGUGAUGGAAAAACGUCCUCGAAAGAUGUUCAAGCAUCGACUCUUAAAGAGAUUAUUCGCGACGUCAACAAGUCAUUCGCGGACAUGGCGCAGGAGAACGAGGAGCUGUUCAGUCGCAAGUUUAAGGCACAACAGGAGGUUCUAAAAGAGGAGAUGUCGACAAUUGCGAGGCGUGAAAGCGAUCGUGUGAUUGGCGCAUUCACUUCCGGACCGCACAACCGCAUUAUCGACAAGGACUUAUACGAGGUCUGGAAAGAGUCGGGGUGGAAAGGCACCACCAAGGCUCGGAGUCUUGUGCUGAGCUUGCGCGAGUAUUUUGCCGAGCGCCAUAGGGCGAAUACGCAGAAGGAACGCCAAGCUCUCAAAGACAUUCACGAAAUCGUGGCCUCCAGCGGCGAGCCUGACUCGACCAAAGUACAGGAAAUUGCACAAGUCACCAGUCGCGAUAUCCUUCCGGAGGACGAGUGGGCUCUGGAAUAUAUCACCAUCUCCCGCAUCCAACCCUUGCUCGAGGCGUUCGAUGACGAUGCAUCUUCGCUCGUCUCAGUGUCCGAAGUGAAUGCCUUCAGUAACGCUCGGCCAAAAGACUGGAGCCUGGCCAAAUGGAUGGCGUACUGGGCAGCAGGUUUUCCACUCACUCUUUCCUACUACUUCCGUCGUAUCCAGCUUUUGCUCGCGCGAAUAGCAAUAAUGGUGCAGGAAGUACGAAAAUCAUCCCCGGGGAAUAACAUAAUUAUCGACUACUUUCAGAACGACAUUUGGCCUACCUACUGCCUGGACCGGAUACUCGCUGGUGCUUACAACGGUCUCGAAUUGACAGAAUUGGAUGACCAUCUCUUUGAUCGCUUCAGGGAUUAUUCGGUUAUUUACUCCGUCGACGCAUUAGAUACACUUCAGUUUGUGGUCGGCUCUGCUCGUCUCGAGAAGAACUUAUUUCCUCUAAUUUAUCUACUGCUGCAUCGCGUGUGGCACGUGCUUCGACAUGCGCGCAAGGUCUCCCUGCAUCCUCAGGAGCUCGUCAACAUUGUCGGCUCUCUGGGCAAGAUUUACGGUGCGGCAUGCACUCGUGCUGAACAUCUGACAGCGAUGUGCAAACUGCAGAACCUCGAUCCAAAAGAGCAGCUUCGAAAGUUCUCCUAUGGGAUUUACUACUACUGCAAGUACGCCGAUGACACAGAAGUGAGCAACAGCAGCGAAUAUCUGUCUGCUAUAUACUUCCAGUCCAAGUCCAAAGCAGAGGGGAGAUUCUUGACCGUCUAUAACCUCUGGUUCCUAUACAGACACUUCAAGGUCUGUAACAUCACAUACACCGACCUCGACAUCGUCAAGGAAGACGAACCCCCGGAGCCACUCCUUUAUCCCGAACAAGAUCUUGACCCACACGUUGAGAUCUACGACGAAGGUGAAGUCCAAUACACUCCUAUCUCCGACGGUCACUCCGCCGUCUGGAGCGGUCAUACGUCGACGAAACAGUUCGACGGCACCUUCACUGGUAGAUUCUCGGUCGGUGUUCUGUACCUCACUCUACCCGCAGACGGCGGAGGCGGUGACGGAGUGGUCACCGGAUCGGGCAUGGACGGGACGGGCGACUUCACCGUCACCGGCAAGCUCCAAGGGUCCGCGAUUAGCUUCAACAAGGAACGCGCAUCGGGGAUCCAGCGAUACUCAGGCACGCUCAGCGUGGAGUGCGACGAGAUCGUGGGAAUCUUUGGCACCCUCAACGACUUCGGCAACUUCGACACUGUUCUGGAAGACUCCGCAGUUCUGGGUCGUUUCGAGCUUCAUGUCGCGCCGAUACGGUUCUCCUACCUUGAACCCAGCCAGGAGGCGCUUGCGGCGAACAGGGCUCGUGCACUAUGGAGGUUCGCGAUUGACAGUAUCCUAAAUGUUGUGCGAAUCAAAGCCGGUCACUUCAAGUGGUCCUACCUGAAAGAUCGUCGAAGGAUUAGGCAGCGAUUCAUCAAGCUGUACGGCCGACUGGAUGCCAAUGCGUUCCCCGGGCUGCCCUCGUAUCAAACGGCACUAUCCGCAGACGAGUCGGAAGAGCUUGCCUCACUUGCGGCACUGUGUUCAAAGCAGGAUCUGCAGCUCUACCGUAAACUCUCCUUGAUCAUACGACGGAGACAAGCAGUGCACUGGGGUCUAUACUGCGAUGCAUGCAGCAGUGACAUUGUGUCGGCCCGUUACUCUUGCCUUGACUGCCUCCACAUCGAUACCGAGACCGGCAAGCUUAUGGAGAUACUUAGUGAUACGAUAGAUCUAUGCCCAAGCUGCGCACUUGAGCCUGCAACUCGUCAAUCAGACAAGAAGAGCCACCUCCCCUCGCACGCCAUCUAUCAGUUGAGGAAUCCGACUUCCAGGAGAGAGGAGUGGGAUCUGGCCUUGCAGGCGAGAGAACUCGUCGUGAGCUCACGUGCAACCGGUCUGCCUACUUUGUGGUCUCUCUUGGCGACUUUGCCGCUGAUGGAUAGUAUUAUUAUUGCAGAUGAAAAAGCCGAACCGACCACAUACAACUGCCAUUACUGUCGCGAGGCUCUCCAGGCUCCGUUCUGGCAUUGCAUUGAUUGCGCAGGAAACGCCUACAUAUGCAUGAAAUGUAAGGUGGAAAAGGAGGACGCACUGGCCCAAGAGGACGAGCUCUCGUUCGCGGCAUACGCCUUCGCCAUGGCCGCCAGCCGCUCUAACGCUGCAAAUAGCGGCGACGCUCAGAGCUCUGCCGCGAACAAUACCGGAGAAGACAGGGAAGAUGAUCCCGCUCAGCCUCCUUUGAACGACGCUGAGGGCGCCGGUUCUUCCAAUUUGGCGGCUGUAAAUGGCGAGGCUGCGGAAGAGUCGGAAGCCACUCCGGCGGAGGACACCUCUGCUAGCAAGGAAGAGGGCGCUGCAAGCGAUAUCGAGGCAGGCGGCGGAGACGCUGCAGACAGGCCCAAGAGAGGAAGCGGAGAUGAAAGCGGGUCUGCAGGACUCGCAGUCCAUUCUUUCAAGCACAACCUUCUGCUCUAUCAACGAGCAUCAAAGGAGCUCGCAGAAACGACCUCCAACGGUUCCGUCAAAGAGACGCUUCUCAAGUUACAAGAGCGCUUCUCGUCCUUCGACAAUCGGCUGGAACGUUUGGAGGCGCUGCUUGAUAAUCUC